AUGCGGCGCGCAUCCUGGCCCAAGGGCCCGGGAAGAAUGCGGAGGCACGUUCUCGUUGACAUUCUCCGAGGUGAAUCUGCUCUCGACAAGAUCUGGGGCGAGUGCUUGGCAGAUUCGGAUCUACGCGACCAAUACCAGGAGCCUGCGGAUCCGAAGGCCAAGAAGACAGAGGCCACGCUGCUCGGAGCUGGAGAACCCUGGCGCUUUCAGGAGGGUGGCCCACAUCACCUGCGCGAGUUACCUGGCAUCGUCAGUGCAGCAUCGAUGCACAUCGUGGAUGGCUGUCGCAUGUGGCUCGGCGGAUCUGUGAUCUUCGAGGUGGCGAGGACAGAGAUGGCGAGAAGCCUUUCCUUACCAGGCCAUCGUGUGCUCUUUGCAGUCUCGGCAGAGGAAGCGCAGUCCUGA